AUGGAGAAGUACACGUCGUGUCGGUUCCAGCUUUGCUAUAUCCUGGCCAUUGCUUUCACGUUAGUGCUGAUUGGUCAGAAUGGAAUGGCCUUUGCUCUCGUCUGCAUGACAGGGGGUAACGCGGCGUCCAUUCGUCCUCCAACCAGGGAAGAUAACUCCACAUACGCGUCAAACGCCAGCUCUAUUUGGACUAAUGGCUCAAAGCACACGUAUCCUGAGUUCAACGGAGAAGAAAAUGGAACCGUAUUCGAGAAACCCGAGUUCGACUGGGACAGCGAGACCCAAGGCCUGGUCCUCUCAUCCGCCUACUACACCGGCAUCGUCUCCCCCUUCUUCGGCAGCGCCCUCUCCAGGAGGUUCGGGCCUAAGAACGUCAUCUUCAUCGGCCUGUUUAUUGGGGGGUUGUCGUCGAUGUUGGUACCGACGGGGGCCCGUGCUAGCGUCUAUGUCGUGGUGGUUCUGAGACUUCUAAUGGGCUUCUUCUUGAAUCUAAUCGUGCCGGCGACCCAGGACCUGUGGGCAUACUGGGCCCCAGUACAAGAUAAGGCGCAGCUCCUCACCUUCACCUACACAGGCUACAACAUUGCCAACAUCGUCGCAUUUGCAACCUCUGGUUAUCUUUGCACAAUACCGAUUGAUAACGGUUGGCCCUUCAUCUUCUAUGUCUUUGGUAAGUCUAAUGUCUAUGUGAAACAUGUUUUGGUGAUGAGCGCGGUUUUUGUGUAUUCCAAGGGGGACUGA